AGGAUCACAGGACACACAUCGGACGAGACACUGCCGGAUCUCACUUUCAAACGCCAUGGACUGAACCACCAAAGGACUUGCGACUCUUCAUUGAGUCUCACGAACUGCUGCUUUCAUGCAUGCGUGUUCUCCUGUUAUAUCAUUCGCAUGUCUCUUCGGAGCAUCUUGUGGUGAGUAUCGGACAAACGGACGAUUCAAUCAUCUCACAUUUUUGCCGGACAAGGAAAAUCGCCAUUUAUCGCCGUGGACCACUUCACCUUGCCGGACAAACAGCCGUGGAUUUUCCGUUCGGAAUUUUGCUUUUUUCUGUUCAAAGGAUCGAGGAGACGCCAAAACACCGGUCACAAUCGAGGAUACCCAAAAGGACACCACUUGUACGCCAGGAUUUCUCCAUUUUUCUGCUUUUCCAUGCAGCGUCCUCAUCUCUGUUCCCUGUCCCUUGCAGUUAUUCGCAAUGGGAUUUGAGGUGCUAGAGAGAUGUCGCAUCAAUCGCCCUCGGUCACUCGCCCAGCAUCAGAAAAGUCGGACGCCAUUUCUCUCUUCUCACUCGCCUGGAUUUAACGAGGACUUUUGUGGAUCAUCCGUCAGCAUGCCUGGGUUUUUGAUUCUCGACAAACAAAGGCCCCUGGACUCUUCGACAACAUCCGAACAUGUUCUCAGUUCCUGAUGUUAUUGUAUCAGACAGAGGCGUGUGACGGUGAUGCCUUGGACUUUCACUUCCUCUGGACAUUUCGACCCAUGGUUUUUGACGCCGGAUUUGUUUCUUUUGUCUUGCCAUUACGGACCUGGUCACCAAUAUGGACUGUCUGGAUUUGCCUGGAUAUUUUCUGUUUUCUUUUUCUGUUCAAACUACUCCAUGGAUCUGGAUGGCGUAUUCGCCAAA